CAGUUCAUUCGUUUUAGAAAUUUUGUUCUAUGAAAUUCAUAGAGAUAUUAUUUAAAUACAGAGUUGAUUAUAUUUAAUUAAAAACUUAGUUUAAUACUAAAAGGGUGAAUUCAUUCAUUUGAAAACUUUGCAAUUGUCUAUAAGACGCAUAUUUUGUUUACAUUGAAAAUUUUAGUUGCCUUAAGAAAUAUCAUUCCAUCGAGAAUUUUCAACGAAAUUUUUUAAAUUGUUUUCUUUUUAAGAACCAGCUUAUAUGGAGAAUUUAAAGAAAAACAACAAAAUAUUAAUUAGCACUGGAAAUGUGCUUAGUUUUAAUAAAAAAGUUGGGCAAAAACCUAUUGAGGAGUUGAUUGAUUGUUUGAGUGCAACACUAACGAAUGCUCAAUAUCACAUCAAAAGUGGAGAAAUACAUCGAAAAAAUAAUGACCUACAUGAAAAGAUUAAUGAACAUGAACGAAAUAGUUUGAAAAUUGGUGCAAAGAUUUUUAUAAAUCAUUUUAAACCUGAAUCUGUCGAGAAAGCAGUUGAUGCUUUAUUACAAAUAUUACAACUGAAAUGCUUAGAUAAUGUUAUAUUGGCUUAUCAUCCAAUAAACUUGGUAACAAAUAACUCGCUGAGUAAUGGAGAUAUGACUAAUAUUAUAAACGAUAAAAAACCGGAAUCAUUUGAGUGGGCUUCGGGAAACAAUGAAAGUGCAUUUAAUGAGCUGAAAAAUCUCUGGACUGUUUUGGAGAAAUUUCAAAAAGAAAACAAAAUUUGCCAAUUAGGUAUAUCAGAUUUAGAUACUGAAACCUUAAAAAAGUUGUAUGAAAGCUGUGAAGUGAGACCAACUAUUGCAAAAAUUAACUUGGCAUCUUGUUGUGUUGUUCCACCAUCACUUCAAGAAUUUUGUAAUAAAAACGAUAUUCAGCUACUUACCCACAGCGAUCCGGAAGUAUUUCUUAAGCAUAACUCUUUAGAAGAAUGGGACUUGAAAGAGUACGAACCAUCGUACGUUGUACGUUACACUGUUCAUAUUAAAUGCCGUGGUGUGCUAGCUGUAAAAGGGUAUUUAGUUGGUGCUUCAAAGCAUUGAGUAUAAAGAAAACUAAACAAAUCAAAAUAUGUUAACAUGUUUUUGGAAUUGUUAACAUAAGAGCAAUUUAAUAGAUUUUAAAGCUCAAAUAGAUAUCAUCGAUUAUCAAAAAAGAAAACUAUGUUAUUUGUGUGUAAUUUGUAUUAUUGUUAAAUAAUUACUUAAGAAGAACUUAUACUUAUUUAGAUAUAUAAAAUGGUGGCAGGUCUAUUUAUAAAAAGUUUUAUAUAGAAAUUUUUAUUUAAUGCUUUAAAAAUAAUUUCAAAAAUUCCAAAUAAAAUAUUACAAAAUAAAAUUUUUAUACAACACUAGCAUCUUUUGGUGCUAAAAUAGUAAAAAGUUAAAAUGUUACUAUUUUUUAGUAGAUUUUUAGUGCAAAGUAGUUACAAAUAAAAGUUAAUCUUAUAUAAAAGUAAUUAUGAGUUGAUAUAUUUUGUAUGAUUAAAUUUAGAAUUCGAAGCUUUUUAGUACAAUCACGGAAUCACUUAUUAUAAAAAAUCAAAAUUUUUCAUUUAAAUUUUUUUAAUAUUAAAUUUUAUACAUAUGUAUACAUAUAUAUUAUUAGAAU